CUCACUUCCUCUUCUUUACUUCUUCCAAACCAAUCCAAGACUCUGAUUAAAGAUAUUUGAAAUCUAAGACUUUCAUUAUCAUCAUGUCAAUUCAAACCAUUCAAACUAAAUCAUUUAAUGAUCAAAAACCAGGUACUUCUGGUUUAAGAAAAAGAGUCAAAGUUUUCGAACAAGAGAAUUAUACCGAAAACUUUAUCCAAGCAACAUUUGAUGCGAUGCCAUCACCCGGAGUGAAAUCAUCUACCAUAGUAGUAGGAGGAGAUGGAAGAUAUUAUUCACCAGAAUGUAUUCAAAAGAUUAUCAAAUUAUCAGCAGGAAACCAAGUUUCGAAAUUGAUCAUUGGUCAAUCUGGAAUCCUUUCCACACCGGCUGCAAGUCAUUUGAUUCGCAUUCGAAACGCUCAUGGAGGCAUCCUUUUGACUGCUAGUCAUAAUCCGGGUGGACCGAAUGCUGAUUUUGGAAUUAAGUUUAAUGUCGCGAAUGGUGGUCCUGCUCCUGAGAGUGUGACUGAUAAGAUCUUUGAGAUCACUAAGUCCAUUAAAGAGUAUAAGAUGAUUGAAUUACCUGAUGCAGAUCUUCAAACCAUUGGAAUUCAAAAGAUUGGAUCCAUGACUGUAGAGAUUGUAGAUUCAGUGACCGAUUACCUUGACUUACUUAAAUCGAUUUUUGAUUUCGGUUUGAUCAAAUCAUAUCUUCAUUCCGAUCCAGCACCUCUCAAAGUCUUAUUCGAUGCGAUGCAUGGUGUCACCGGUCCUUAUGGUAAAGCCAUCUUUGUAGACACACUUGGUCUUUCAUCUCAAUCGAUUCAAAAUUGUGAACCGAGUCCUGAUUUCGGUGGAGGUCAUCCUGAUCCGAAUCUAACGUAUGCUCAUGAUUUAGUCGCAAGAGUUGAUAAAGAAAAUAUCGGGUUUGGUGCGGCUUCUGAUGGGGAUGGCGAUCGGAAUAUGAUUUAUGGUAAAGAUGCAUUUGUGACGCCUAGUGAUAGUGUGGCUAUUAUUGCAGAUUGGGCUCAAGAGGCUAUUCCUUAUUUUAAGGAUGGAAUUAAAGGGUUGGCUAGAAGUAUGCCUACUAGUGGAGCAAUUGAUUUGGUCGCUAAAGCUAAGGGAUUAGAAGUCUUUGAGGUUCCCACUGGUUGGAAAUUCUUUGGAAAUUUGAUGGAUGCCAAGAGAUUGUCUAUUUGUGGUGAAGAAUCUUUUGGGACUGGAUCGGAUCAUAUUAGAGAAAAAGAUGGGAUCUGGGCAGUAGUAGCUUGGCUCUCAAUUUUAGCUGCGGCUGAUAAGAAAGGUAUCAAGAAUGGUAUCAAUGGAGUUCUCUUAGAUCAUUAUCAAAAGUAUGGACGUAGUUUUUUCUCACGAUAUGAUUAUGAAGAAGUCGAAACAGAAGGAGCUCAAAAGAUGAUGAACCAUCUUGAAAAGGCAUUUUCAGAAGCUAGUUUUAUGGGAUCUGAACUUAAAUCUACGACUAGUUCGACUUCAUUUAAAGUUAAAGAAGCCUCCAACUUUAGUUAUCAAGAUCCGAUUGACGGUAGUGUUUCUAAGAAUCAAGGUUUGUUUAUUAAAUUUCAAGAUGGAUCUCGAAUUGUUUAUCGACUUAGUGGAACAGGUAGUUCAGGUGCUACGAUUCGAAUUUAUGUAGAGAAGUAUAGUCAACAUCAAGAUGAGUAUCAAGAAGAUACUCAGAAAGGUUUGAAACCUUUGAUUGAGGUCGCUUUGGAGUUGUCUAAGUUGAAGGAAUUUACUGGACGUGAGAAACCUACGGUGAUUACUUGAAAAUCGAUCAUGAAGGGUUUAUUAAAGAUUUGAAAGGUUUUUGAAAGGUUUUAAAGAUCUAGUUUGAUUUAAAGAGUCGUAUGUUUUUUUGUUUUCUUUUGAUCUUUAUAAGUAAUUGAAAAUUAUCAGAUUUUAAAAAAAGAUGAAUGAAAAUCUUUAUGAAUGAGAUUUGUUUUGUAAUUGAUAUAAACGUUUUUUUGUACUAGAUUUUUUUUGUUUAGCUUGAUGAAUGAACUUUGGUAUUUUUUUCUUUUUUUUUAUUCAAGAAUAUUA